CAACUGACUGGAUAAAGGAAAGAACCAGAGAAACAGGUUAGCUAUUCGUGUGAGUGCACUUGUCACAACGACAGUAGAUAUCCUUGAGAUUAUUCAUUGAUGUCAUUGAUUCAGCCCCCAUUGUCUACAGUAUAUAAGAGUAUAUCGCCAACCCAACAGAAAUACACAGAAGAAAGGGUGAAUGCACAGAAACAGAUUUGAGCAGAAAAGGAGCUUCUGACAAUGGGGAGUCAAAGGACGCUUUCCGUGUUGCUUCUGUUGAUGAUGGGUAUGGUGACCACUGCUCUUCCUGCAACUACUACUAUUGCAGACAUCACUUCAACGUUUGGCUCUUCAUCAGCCACUGUGUGUGGCACCCCUCCACUCAACAACAGAAUAGUGGGAGGAGAAAAUGCCCCUGCAGGAAGUUGGCCCUGGCAGGCAAGUCUCCAAACAUCUGACGGACAUGUUUGCGGUGGGUCCCUCAUCAACAAGGCGUGGGUGAUGUCUGCAGCCCACUGCUUCUCUAGCUCAGACCCAAAUGGUUGGAACAUUAGCCUUGGUCUACAGACCCUGGAGGGGAUUAACCCCAACGAAGUGUCCAGAACUGUGGCUGAGAUCAUUAUACAUCCAUCUUACAACGGUUUAACAAAGGACAACGACAUCGCUCUGCUCAGACUCUCCUCACCAGUCAACUUCACAAACUACAUUCGACCCGUCUGUCUGGCAGCAAGUGAUAGUGUUUUCAACAAUGGUACUGAUAGCUGGGUGACCGGCUGGGGCAACAUCAAUGAAGGAGUUCCCCUCCCAUCCCCCCAGGAUCUGCAAGAAGUGGAGGUUUCUGUUGUGGGGAACAGACAGUGUGACUGCCUCAAUGGGGUCGGCUCAAUCACAGACAACAUGCUCUGUGCUGGUGAUCUGGCAGGGGGCAAGGACUCAUGUCAGGGUGACUCAGGAGGUCCAAUGGUGAUUCAACAGAACUCUGUCUGGGUCCAGUCUGGGGUUGUUAGUUGGGGUCAAGGCUGCGCUCGGCCCAAUCUCCCUGGGAUCUACACCAGAGUGUCCCGUUACCAGUCCUGGAUCGACACCCAUAUCAGGACCGACAAGCCAGGCUUUGUCCAAUUUACCUCCAGUGGGGUAGAUGCUGACAGCGAUUACAUCUGUUCUGAUGGUCCAACAACUACUGUCGACCCCAACCCCUACCCUUACCCUUACCCCUACCCUUACCCCUACCCUUACCCCUACCCUUACGAAUCCAUUUUUGAUCAUGGGCACAGUUUGUUCAGCUCCCUUUAUUUGCUGAGCACCUUGUUCAUUCUGAUGUUUCUUGCCAUCUAAAUUAUUUCCGUGAUGGAGUCAAGGGAAAGGUUGAAUUGGCAGUCUGAGUGCAAGUGAGUUGAGUUGGGAAGGAGAUAGGAUAUGAGUUGGGAAGGAGAUAGGAUAUGAGUUGGGAAGGAGAUAGGAUAUGAGUUGGGAAGGAGAUAGGAUAUGAGUUGGGAAGGAGAUAGGAUAUGAGUUGGGAAGGAGACAGGAUAUGAGUUGGUAAUGAGAUAGCCUAUUGCUGCAUAUCCUAUCUAGUAUAUUGUGUGUUCACUUUUCCCUGGGCACAUCUUGCUGAGUGAGUGUUGUUUUCAAUGGGCCUUUACUGUUGUCUUGAUUUAUUUGUGAAGAUGGACAACCUGAAAUGUAUUUACUUAUUUAUUAAAGGGGCAAUAUGGGAUUCAAACAAACAGUGACCCUGACAUUGUUUUGUAAAAAGCUUAGGGAUAGAGCUGAAGAAAUGUAUCUCUUAAAUUCAUAGACAGAAACAAUGACUGUCUGAUAGCUUUAACCGUGUUUCGUAAGCUUUACAAUGUUUAUAAAAAAUAUAUUAAAACAAGCUUAUAUUUUGGCUUGUGGUGAAGUAGGACAGCACUAAGCUCAUGAGACAUUUUAAGUUACAUUUUUCAAGAAUUAAUGGCUAUAUAUCAUUAAAGAGGCACUUUAGUCUCAUUUUCA